AUGACGUCGACGCGUGAUUUGAUGCCACUGUCUUUAUGCGUAUCGUACCGGACGGAACUUGCUUGUGUCUUCGAUUCCGAGCUCCAUAAUCCACCACCACCACCACCAUCUUCUCCACAAGCACAGCUCUUCUCGCACACACACACAACACUCAGAAUGCUCCGCAAACGUAUCACCUUCACCAUCGGCGGCAGGGUCCAAGGCGUCAACUUCAGAUCCUACACCCAAAAAGAAGCAACCAACAUUGGUGUGACGGGUUAUGUUACCAAUGCGUCUGAUGGCACAGUCCAAGGCGAGGCUCAGGGCACAGGUGCUCAGAUCAAAGACUUUGUCCAGUGUCUACACAAGGGAUCGCCUGCUUCACGCAUCACAAGUCUAGAUAUAGAAGACAUUGCCCCCACGUCAGACGAGACCAGCUUCAUCAUCAAGUAG